AUGAUAAUAAUUGAAUAUUAUGAAGAACAAGAAGAAAUACUUUGUGAAUGUGUUGAAAAUGGUAGGAAAGAACAAGAAAAGAAUAAUAAAGAAAUAUUUUGUUGUAAUAUUUGCUAUGAAGAAUACACUUGUAAGGAGACAUUUAUAAAUACUUAUGGUCAUCGGUUUUGUAUAAAUUGUUGGAGAGAAAAUAUUAUACAACAAAUUCAAAAUGAUUGGCACCAAGUUUAUUGUAUGGAACAAGGAUGUCUUUGUACUGUGAAAAUAGAAGACAUUAUGACACAUUGUUUAAUUAGAGACAUUAAUAUGUUCAAUAUGUAUUCUGAACGACUCACGUUUAAAACAUUUGAAGAUAAUAUUUGUGAAUGUCCAAAAUGUCAAUGUGAAAUGAUAUCGUUUGAUAAAGAAUAUAAAACUACAUGUCCAAAUGUAUGUAUUUGUUUUGUAGAAAAUGUAGAGAACAAUGGCAUGAAGGAAAAAUUUGUGAUGAAUGGGCAACACACAAACAACAGGAACAAGAAGAUAUGGAAUGGAUUAAUAGUUAUACAAAAAAAUGUCCAAAAUGGAGGGUGUAAUCAUAUGACACGUAAAUGUGGAUAUAAAUUCUGUUGGUUAUGUUGUGUUAAAUAUACACCUGAACAAUGGAUGGAUAAUACAACAGGCCGCAAACAAUUCACAUAA